GUAUAACUUAACAUUCUAUAUAAAAUGGCAAUUGAACAACAUAUUAAGAGAGGUGAUUUAUGUCUCGAUGAAAAAGAUUUCCUCGGUGCAAUUUCGAACUAUUCACUUGCUCUCAAAGAAAAUCCAAAGGCAUUCCAAGCAUUAUUAAAAAGAUCAACUGCAUAUCAAAGAUUGAAGAAUCUUGAUGCAGCCAAAAGAGAUAUUUCAGAAGCGUUUCAAGUUGCAGAACUGCGUGGUAAAAGAUCAGAUAUAGGUUUAUGUUAUUUCAGAUUAGGACUUAUAUUCUACAUAGAAAAAGAUUUCGAAGUAGCGUUGAAGAAUAUACAAAAAGCUGAAGAAUUUGAUUGUCAAGAACAAACAUUAAGUAAUUGGAAGGCAAAGGCAGAGUAUGACGUUAAAAAGAAUGCUUCUAGUGAUAAGAGUGGUAGUAGCACCAGUGGGAAUACUCCCACUUCUACACCAACUCCUGUCAAUACUACUACUGGAUCAACCCAUAUAGAUACAAUCAAUAAGCAUGCCCCUCUUAAAGUUAAAAUAAGAGAUGAUUGGUAUCAAUCAAGUUCAGCGGUGAUCAUUACAAUUUACGCUAAAAACAUCAAUCCGGAUACUCUUAAAAUUCAAUUUUCUAACAAGUCAGUAUCUAUUUCCUUCCCAAGUGCGGCUAAUUCUGAAUAUAAUUAUAAUCUUGAUCCAUUAUUUGCUGAAAUCAACUCAACAGAAUCAACGUUCAAAGUUUAUGGUACUAAACUUGAAAUAACUCUUGUUAAAGUGGAUAAAUCAUUAAAAUGGAAUUCACUUGAAAGAUCAGGUGACGAUGAUACCGUUCAACCUAUUCAAACCUCAGCCAAUACCGACCUGAAACAAAACCUUCCUGUAACUGCAUACCCAACUUCAUCAAAAAAGGCAGUUAAUUGGUCCAACUUCAAAGUCACCGAUGAUGAUGAUGAAGUUGAUAACUCUGAAAGCGACUUCUUUGCAAAGUUGUACAAAGAUACCGACGAUGAUACCCGCCGAGCAAUGAUGAAAUCGUAUGUAGAAUCCAAUGGAACAGUAUUGACCACUAACUGGGAUGAAGCAAAGACUAAAACAUUCGAAACAAGUCCACCAGAAGGAAUGGUUGCAAAGUCUUGGGAAAAGAAAUAGGAUUGGAUAUAGUUAGAUGAACUUUCCAGUCUAGUAUUCUCAGUCGAUCCUAAAAUUUAGUAUAUAGAUAUAGUUAAAUAUAUUAACUUGUACUUAU